AUGGCCGUUGCUCCCAAGAUCAAGCUAUACACCAACCACAACUGCCCAUGGGCUCAUCGUGCUCACAUUGCCCUCGCGGAACUCAAUGUCCCUUACGAGGAAGAGAUCAUUGACCUCUACACACCACGAACCCCGGAAUACCUGGCCAUCAACCCCCGUGGCCUGGUCCCAGCCAUUGAUUUCAACGGAACCAUCAUCGCGGAAUCAGCCAUCGUGUCCACGUUCCUAGCCGAUGCCUUUCCUUCCAAACUUCUCCCGCGAUCCACGGACCCCAAUGGCCCCAUCAUUCGUGCGAGGAUCAACUUCUUCACGGACGCCUACUUCUCCAAAGCUCAGAGCCAGUGGGCGAAGCUGUUGGCGGCCAAAAGCGACGAGGAUUCGCAGACUGCAUUGCACGCCUACGUUGACGCCGUGGUGAAGGAGGUGGAACCCCUUCUCGCUGAUGCUGCGCCAUUCUUCGGCGGCAGUAGCCAACUCACGCUGGCUGAGGUUCUUGCGGGAUCGUGGCUUCUGCGUGUUUACACACUGCCCAAGCAUGGCAUUGCGCCUUUGGYCUUGUUGGACCAACUCUCAACCAAAGCGCCCAACUUUGACAAGUGGGCCAAAGCGGUGGUUGCACACCCGAGCGUGCGCUGUAUCUGGGACGAGGAGAAGAUUAUCGCCGGCACCAAGGCCUGGAUUGCAAAGGCAAAGGCGUGA